AUGGAGCAGUUUGAACGACCUGGCAGUGUGCCGAACGCCGAACAACAGGAGUCUGUCUACUUCGUGAAAGACGAAGAUGCUGAAUCCGCGCAAGUCGUUGAGUACGCAGACAAGAUUGUCAUAUACAUAACCAAGCUGAAGAGCCAGUUAAGGCGCUCGACGGGAGCGGGGCAUUCCGCCAGUGCCAGUCAGUUGAACGAAAACGGAGACAGACUGGCAGCAUCAACAUCAAAAAAGGUCAGACUUCCAAAGCUGGAACUAAUCAAGUUCAACGGACAUCUGAAAAACUGGCUGCCUUUCUGGAACCAGUUUGAUGCCGCAAUCCACCAAAACCCCGACUUGACAUCGUGCGACAAGUUUAACUACUUAAAGGCGGCACUAACAGGGGAUGGAGCGGCAGCCAUUGAUGGACUUCAGCCCACAGCAGAGUGCUACGCAGACGCCAUCGAACUCCUACAGCGGCGGUUCGGGAAUCAAGAAGCGCUAAUCCAGGAUCACAUGGAAAGCCUCAUGGACAUACAACGUGUUCCACCUCAGCGCAACGUCAGAAUCCUGCGGCGAUUGUAUGAUAGCCUGCAAGCUCGCAUCCGGGGUCUCAAGGCACUGGGCGUGAGCGAAGAAUCCUACUGUUCAAUGCUUUACCCGGUGCUCCUUCGAGCGCUCCCAAGAGAAAUGACCAUCGAAUACCACCGAAAGACACUGCAGGGUGAGGCUGAGAGUGCCACCACCAGUAGAUCUGCACCAGCGUCACAGACAACUUUAGGACCUACCACAGAUCGCACACAUCCGAGAGCGCUUCGGACUCUCCUCGAGUUUCUGCACAUCGAGGUGGAGAGUCAGGAAAAGGCAUCUAAAGAACGGCCAGAGGAGGUUGGUGGUAAGUCUACACCCCAUUUCACCAAGCGCGAGGCGCAGAAGACGUCUACAGAUCCCGACAUGCCACGAACCUCUACUGCUACGGCUCUGCAUGGUGUUUUGGAAGGUCUCGAAUGUUUCUUCUGCAGUUCAAAAAAGCAUGGAACACCCGACUGCAACUCAAGGAUAACGCUAGCUGAAAAGACGCGCAGGCUACAAAACGCCCAGAGAUGCUUCCGGUGCACGAAAGUGGGGCACAUGGCAAGGAUCUGUCGAGGUACACCCUGCUGCAACAGGUGCCGAGGCAGACAUACCUCCAGCAUGUGCGACCCAGAUUAUACUCGGAGACGAUCUGCCGACGGAUUCAACGCACAGCAAAAGAAAGACGAAGCACCAGUUAGCCUACAUGUAAACGAAGAAAACAAGCCGGCAGUACUCUUACAAACGGUUACUGCGGUGGUGGAAGGCAAAAACAGGAAAAAGCGAGCUCGAAUUCCCUUUGACAGUGGUAGCCAGCGCUCCUUCAUCACGAAAGAGUUAUCGAGGAGUUUCGGUUGCAAACUGCUCGGGACCGAGAUCCUGACGGUCGGAGUGUUCGGAGGCAAGAAUAGGGAACGAACGUACCGCAGAGUCCAAGUGAUUCUGCGCAACCAACACAGUGGCAAGGAAUACAAGAUCGACGCCCUCGAGACGCAUUCCAUCUCCGAGCAAGAACUCCCUGGCCCUGAGAAGGACGUCAUUGGAAAAAUGGAAGAACUCGGGCUUACUUCGGGUGACGACGUGAACGGACUGGACUGUGGCGGAGUAGCGAUACUACUGGGAUCGGAACAUUACUGGGAAUGUAUAACAGGAAGGAUCCAACGACUGAGCAACAGCCUCACCGCAGUGGAAACCGCCUUUGGCUGGGCAAUACAUGGAUCCACACAGUUGACUUCCGAUACUGUUAAUUAUUCCCAGGUGAUAGUGCUCAUAUCUGCUGUAGACGAACAAGAACCAUCCAUCUUGAGGAGAUUCUGGGAGCUUGAAAGUGUGGGAUUACUCGAAGAGACGGACCGAGAUCAGUCAGAUAAUGACAUCAUGCGACGCUUUGAAGCAAGCAUCGCCAAGACGAAGGGAAGGUACGAGGUUGGCCUCUCUUGGAAAACGGACGUGCAACUAGAAUGCAACCGAGAUGUGGCGUGGAAGCGCCUGGAAAGUCUACGAAGGAAGCUAAGCAAAAACCCAGAUCUCAUGCGAAGUGCGGUCCUAAAGAAAAUGCUGGAGGACAACGUAUCGGAAGAGAGAGCCCUUGGACAGCUGACGGGAGUGGUGAAAGUGCUGGGUAUAACCUGGGAGUCGAACGAAGACAAACUGUCUUUCACAACAGAACAGGUGGUCGAGUUUACAAGCCAACGCAGAAACAACAAACGAUUCGUGCCCCAGACCACGGCGCGACUCUACGACCCACUAGGUUUCCUCUCUCCUUUCGUGACCCGAGCCAAGAUUUUGUUUCAAGAGACCUGGAAGCGGAACCUGCGUUGGGAUGAUGCACUGCCGGGUGAACUGAUGGGAGACUGGGAGAGCUGGUGCGACGAGCUCACCUAA